AACUCACAUUCAAAAACCCAGAUCCGCCGUAUUACAUCACUGGGCCGCGCGUGUAUAUAUGAGAGGCGCGCGCGUCAGAGAGGCAUUCCCAGAGUUUUGGCUCGUGCAGACUCGUCACGUGCGGGACUUUUCACACGUUAUGCAGCGCACGAUUCCGAUGCAUUCAACCGCCUGCAGUAGUGAACCUUGCGAGUGAGAUGGAUGGAUAGAUCCUGCGUCUAAGCGCUUGCAUUCGCGUCGGAUAAAGUUAAGUUUGUGCGAUUUUUUACUUUAGUUUAUCGCAUCACGAUGGAUCUCCCGCAGGGCUUGGUGACUGUGUACCUGCUCUUGGUGCCUCUCGCUCAGUGUCAGCACUAUUAUCUUCUCAGACCCAUUCCGAGUGACACUUUACCCCUGCUGGAGCUCAAGGAGGACCCUGACCCCAUCUACGACCCGCGAGAGCGGGACCUAAACGAGACCGAGCUGCGGAGCGCGCUAGGGGACUUUGACAGCCGCUUUCUGUCAGUCAGUCCUCCUCAGGACCGCUACACCGGCAACGAGGAUCUGGAGGAGCUGGACCUCCAGCAGCAGAACCCCACCGGGAUGAUGCCCAAAGACAUCAAAAACCUGGACUUUGACGCGCAGUGGGGCAAGAAGCGCAAGGCCAGCAAGAAGCUGAAGCGCAGGCUGCAGAUGUGGCUCUGGUCCUACUCGUUUUGUCCGGUGCUGUACGCGUGGAACGACCUCGGCGCGCGCUUCUGGCCGCGCUUUGUGCGCGCGGGGAGCUGCUACAGUAAGCGCUCCUGCUCGGUUCCGGAGGGAAUGGUGUGCAAACCGGCCAAAUCCACGCAUAUCACGCUGCUACGAUGGAGAUGCGUGCAGAGGCGAGGCGCACUCAAGUGCGCGUGGAUACCGGUGCAGUAUCCCAUCAUCACCGAGUGCAAAUGCUCCUGUGCGAACUGACCAAUCACAAACGGACAUCGAAGCUCCGACACGAUGCUCAUUUCUGGAAAAAAGUGCACAGACUAUAUACAGACUGUCGUAUUUCUGGACAUGAGCUGCAGCUGAUGCUGAUUCCUGGACUUACAUUAUGGAAAACUGUAUUAGGCCUACUGUACAAAAUUUUAUCUGAUACGAAUUUGGGAUAUCAGUUUUAAAAACUCUGCUCUGAUAUAUAUUUCUGGAAGAACAUGAAAAAAACCGAAUACAAAUUUUUGGAUUUAAGUUAUGAAAAAUGUUUUAUUUAGUAUUUUGGUAACACUUUAUGUUAACUUUAAGUCAUUAACAAAGUCAACAAAAAUAUUGAUAUGCUGAAGAUAUCAAUACUUCAUAUAUAUGACAAUAUAUUAAGUAAAUAAAAAACAAAACAUUUAAUCUACAGUUUGAAUGUACUAGCUGAUGAUUUGUUGUGCAUUAUGUAUUGUAAUACGAUAAUAAUAUCUGUUAAUGCCGUUCAUAUAAGUUAUUGUAAAGUGUUGCGUUUUAUUUUUUUAAUGCACUAUAAUGUGUAGGAAUGUAUUGUAUGUAUAUAUCGUGCCAUCAUGUAAUGAUUUAGCUACUUGUAAAAAGCCAGUAUUAUGUGUAUUAUCCAGAGUCUACUGUAUUUGUGGAAAAUAUUAGUUAACGUAUUUAUAUUUCAGAGAGCAGCCCGUGGAGCCGUUUGAGAUGUUUUAUAAGGUUUUCCACACAGAUGUGAUGACCUCAAAAUUUAUUAUGGAUUUUUAACGUCCUGCAGCUGUGACAGCUUCUUCGUGACGACGAUUUGUCCUGUAAAUUAAGAUGAACUGUUAUUUAUUCUUUAUAUUCAGAUAAUAAAAUAUCAGUGAAAACCACACCAAAUGGCACACUCAAGCUUUUGUUUC